AUGUCGAAAGACGAUGAGAAAAUCGAGGCGGCCUCAUCUCCACCCGACCAACCACCCAUUCUAGACGCACGAGACUGGACAAGUCCCGACGACCCGGGCAAUCCACGAAACUUCUCCCUCACGCGCCGCAUAGCUUCCACCUUUGCAGUCACCUUCUUCGCCUUUGGGAGUACUUUUGGCGCCUCGGUUUACAGUCCCGGCAUCCAAGAUGUCGUCCGGCAAUUUCAUGUGUCGGAGGAGCUCGCCAUCCUGCCGCUGUCCAUGUACACCGUUGGGCUCGCCCUGGGCCCUCUAAUUGGCAGUCCGCUGUGCGAAACCUGCGGAAGGAAACUGGUCUACUUGAUCACUGGGCCGCUAUUUGCCCUCUUCACGCUCGGCGCCGGCUUCUCCAAUAACAUCGCGGCGUUGGUCGUGUGUCGCUUCUUCGCAGGCUUCGCGGCUGCGCCAGCGAUUGGCAAUGCCUCGGCGACCAUCAUCGACUACACUGCCGGCCGGUAUCGAACGGUUAUAAUGUCCUUCUACUUCUCCAUUCCCAUUAUCGGCGCAUGCAGUGGGCCUCUUGUCGGCGGGCUUGUGGCGCAAGCGACGAAUUGGCGCUGGACGCAAUGGACCAUCAUCUUCUUGCUCAUCGCCUUUUACAUCCCCAUCCUCUUCACCCGCGAGUCUUAUAAGAAGAUCAUUCUGCGCCGACGCGCGAAGAAACUCGGCGUCCCCGGUCCGGCAGAAGUCGCGCGCACGUGGCUCCAAUUCGUGCAGCAUUUCCUGCGCACGCAGCUGAUUCGCCCGGUGCAUAUGUUGUUCACGGAGCCAAUCGUGACGCUGGUGUGCAUUUACAACAGCUUCCUGUUCGGGCUGAUCUACCUAUUCAUCGUCGCAUCCCCGUGGGUCUACGAGACGUAUUACGGCUUCGGGAUCACGGGGCAAAGCUUGUCAUUCCUCGGUCUGAUCAUUGGAGCCACGAUUGCUCCGAUCCCUCUAAUUGUGCUGGAUCACUACCUCUAUCAACCGCGUUUGAAACGCUUUGGCGGACAGAGUGCGCCAGACGAGCAGUUCCCCGCCGAAAACCGACUGUUCGGCGCGCUGGUCGCGUCCUUCGUUCAGCCUGCGGCUCUCUUUGGCUUCGCCUGGACCGCACGACGCAGCAUCCACUGGAUCGUGCCGAUGAUCUUCCAAGCCAUCUCCAUGAUGACAUCCAUCAUGAUCUACGCGCCCUGCCAGCUCUUCAUGCUCGACACAUAUGGACCCUUAUACGGAGCCUCGGCCGCCGGUGCAGCGAUGCUGACUCGAUAUGGUGUUUCCGCGGCGUUUCCAUUGUUCGCGUUGCAGUUGUAUAGGAAGUUGGGGGUUGGAUGGGCCACCAGCCUGUUGGCAUUCUGCUCGCUAGCUAUGGCGCCCAUCCCCUGGCUGUUCUGGCGAUGCGGCGAAAGGCUCCGAGGCCGGACCAAGUACGAGACGAGUAUUUAA